AUUAUAAACACGAUCUACGAUUUGUCGGAACAACCGGAUAUUGUUGCUGGACAUUUGAUUAGACAGCUUCUUUUUCGCAUUCUUCGGCCCAGUAAACUUUCUGGGAGUGAUUUGGAUGCCCAUUCAAUCAAACCUGCAGAUGAACCCAAGAUACCAGGUUCAAAUGAAGCUACACAUGAGCAAACAAGUCAGAUAUCUGUAGGUCCGUCCCUCUCUCACUGCCCCGGUUUCAUGCUAUCUCGAUUUCUGGCUCUGGUCGGUCACGUAACUUUGCGCCAGCUUGUUCAUUUAGAGUGCUCUGCUCUCAUAGAAUUGAAGCGACGAUCGGCCCUGCGUGAAGAGAAGGCUAACAAGCCCAAAUCGAAAAGAAAGGUUAAUCAGUCAAAUACUUCUUUUGUGACUGGUGCCUCUAAUGCAUCUAUGACUACCGCAAACACAACCGGUGUUGCACAAGCCGAUGAUGAACUAGGGCUAAUGGGAGCCACUGCAGAUGAUGCUGAGGCUGACUUUGUCCGGCGAAUAUGCGAAAAUGAGCUAGUACCUCUACCUAUGGUGUCUAGCGAAGAAGGCGGCGAUCCUCAAAAUAUAUCAAGUCCAACUACUGCUAACAAAGGCAUCGAUCCACCUGGGCACGAUAAUCCUCACCUGGCCUCUUCGCCACCACAAGCAAUUAGACAGCGACGUGACUUACCUCUACUCAGCCGUAUCUUCCCUCUUGUUGUUCAUAUCUGCUCACAUCCUAACCGUUUCCCAUAUCCUGAAGUGCAAGCAGCUUCUAGUUUGGCUUUAGUCAAAAUGAUGCUUGUAUCAGUAGAGAUUUGUGAUCGGCAUUUAUGUCUUCUUUUCACACUUGCUGAACAAUGUCCUUACGAAGUAGUGCGAGCCAAUUUGAUUGUUGGCCUUGGUGAUUUGUGCCGCCGUUAUCCUAAUCUUAUUGAACCCUGGACGCCACAGUUGUACUCUCGAUUGCGCGACACUUCCCUCAAGGUGCGUAUGAACGCGCUGAAUACAUUGAGUCAUCUUAUUCUGAAUGACAUGGUCAAGUUCUUAAACAUUCAUGAGUUGAAAAGCUAA